AUGCGCCGCGCGCUGCUGUUCCUACAACUCGCCGUGGUGCGGUGCUUGGCGGAGCACGGAGCAAGCGACGUCGAGAGCAUUCGUGACGAGCUGCACAAGUACCCGGGCUGCGGGCCGCACAAGGGCCCGAAGCGCAAGGUGGAUGCGAAGGCCGCGCGCAGCGCGGCGAAGACCGCGCGCGGCGCGGCGGAGCGCUUCGUCUACCUCGCGGGGCUCGAGCACACGGGCCACCACUUGUGGCACCGGUCCCUGUUCCCGGGCCUCAAGUUCGGGCAGGGCAUCUCGAGCGUCGCGCGCGUCGUGCUGGAGCUGGAGGACCCGCACUGCAUCUCGGACGGCGCCGACGCGCCGCGGCUGAACACGAACGAGUCCUGGAACUUCUCGAACGCGUCGGCGCCGCACGGCGUGUCGAGGUCGACGCGCGUGCGCAUGAUCGCCGAGGCCCUGCGCCGGGCCCCGCCGACAAGCCAUGGCCACAUGCUCCUGAGCUGCUCCUACCCGUGCCAGGCCGACCACAGGACGCCCGACGUCGCGGUCCUGGCCGAGGCCGCCGAGGCGGCGGACGUGGAUCUGGUGGUGCUCGUCUCGACGCGGCCCGUCCUCGAGAUCGUCGAGCGCCACGGGGGCGCGACGAACACCUGCAUCUACGCCCUCGCGUGCGAGGAGCUGCUGCGCCAGCUCCGCGAACUCGACCCCGCGUUCUACCGCUGCUUCCCGUACCGCGACACGUUGUCCAUGGGCGCGUCGGAGGCGCUCUUCCUCGGCGUGAACGCGACCAAGCUCGCGAAGGUCGCAGCGGCGAGCUUCGAGCCGACGACCGACGCCGGCGGGAUGGAGAAGAAGGAGGCGAAGCACGUCGGCGGCGCGUGUUACUCUCGGUCCGACACGAGCGAGGAAGACACCGAGUCGUCCAUGUCCAGCGCCUCCGACUCCGAGUCCGAGUCCGAGUCCGCCUCCGCGAGCUCCGCGAGCGAGUCCGAGUCCGCGAGCGCGUCGUCCGCGUCGGCGUCGUCCGCGAGCGCGUCGGCCAGCGGCGAGGACGAGGACGAGGCCUCGGCGUCGUCCGCCGAGUCGGGCACCUUCAGCGCGUCGUCGGGCGGCGACGACGAGGACGACGACGACGAGCUCUCCGGCGCGACGUCGGAGAGCGGCGAGUCCGGGACGGGCACCGUGUCCGACGGCAGCGGCGAGUCGGGCAGCGACAGCGAGUCGAGCGACGCGUCGUCGGAGUCGUCGGGCAACUCCAUCGUGCCGGACCUCGGCGCCGACGAGGACGACGAGUUCGAGCCCGCGCGGAAGAAGGGCAUCCUCGAGUACCUCGGCCUCGGGGGCGAGAAGGACGCGACGCCGCCGCUCUCCGAGGCGGGCUCCGACGAGGGCGACGCGUACAAGUACGACUUCGACGACGACGCGCCGCUGGCCGACGACGACUACGACUUCCCCGACGACGAGGACGACGACGAACCCCUCGAGGAGGGCCUCAAGGACGACCAGCUUGAGAAGCGGCUCGAGAUGGCGUUCGCGUUCACGACGCGCGAGAGCGGCCGCAUGGAGUUUGACGAGUUCCGCCAGGCCGUGUCCAUGAUGGGCAAGGUCUUCACCAAGGAGGAGACGGACGCGUUCUACCGCGAGGCCAUGACCUUUGAGAGCGACCCCAAGGCCCUGGGCAACUCGACGGAGCGCGACGACCGGGGGUUGCUCAAGCGGAACACGAUCCAGUCGACGCGGAAGCUGCUCGGCGAGCACCUGUCGCAGAAGGGCUUCGUCGCCUUCUUCGAGAAGUACCUCACGCGCACGGUGGACCCCAAGGAGGCCGCGGAGCACUUCCGGGCCCUCGUCGAGGGCGCGGCGGAGAUGGUGCUCCGCGACGGCGAGGAGGGCGGCGACGGCGGCGACGAGGACGCGAUCGUCAACGACGAGCUGCGCCAGAUGAAGGACACGAAGCACGUGCCCAUCAACAAGAUCUUCAUCUACGCCAAGGACCUCCGCAAGGUCAUGGUCGCCUUCUCCGAGAAGCUCACGGACGAGGAGGCCGACGUCUUCAUCCGCGAGUGCAAGCCCAAGCCCCUCGCGGGCGCCCAGGACGGCGGCCUCGAGCGCGUCUACUUCCACCAGUACCUCACCAUGCUCAAGGACGACACGGUCUAGGCGCGCGCCGGCGCGGCCGCGGCGGCUAAACCUCUCUUUCUUCG